AUGGCUCUCCAAGCUGCUUCUUUGCUUCCCUCUGCUUUUGCAAUCCCCAAAGAGGGAAAAACCAGUGCAGCAUUGAAAGACUCCAGUCUGCUUGGGGUUUCACUUUCGGAACAUCUUAAAGCUGACUUCAGCGCUUCCGUAUUGAGGAGCAAGAGGGAAUUCAGCCAAAGAAUUGGACCUGUAAGAGCCCAGGCUGUCGUUACAACUCCAGCAGUUAACCAGGCUGCACCAGAAGGGAAGAAAACCUUAAGAAAGGGAUGUGUCGUGAUCACUGGAGCUUCCUCGGGGUUGGGUCUGGCCACAGCUAAGGCUCUGGCUGAAACUGGCAAAUGGCACGUAAUCAUGGCCUGCAGGGACUUCCUCAAGACUGAAAGAGCAGCCAAGUCAGCCGGCAUUGCCAAGGAAAACUACACCGUGCUGCAUUUAGACCUCGCCUCACUUGACAGUGUCCGGCAGUUUGUAGAUAACUUCAAGCGAUCGGGUAGGCCGCUUGAUGUUCUGGUCUGCAAUGCUGCUGUCUACUUACCAACAGCCAAGGAGCCUACCUUUACAGCUGAAGGGUUUGAACUCAGUGUUGGAACAAACCAUCUGGGACACUUCCUCCUUUCCAGGUUGCUGCUUGAUGACCUGAAGCAGUCCGAUUACCCAUCAAAACGACUCAUCAUUGUCGGUUCAAUUACAGGGAAUACAAAUACCUUGGCUGGGAAUGUACCUCCAAAGGCCAACCUUGGGAUUUGA